CGAUAGGCUAUCUUUUGGUCCAUCGCGUCCACUCGGUGGCAGCGGCCUGUCGAUUGUCAGAAGAAGCCGGGGGCUGGAUUUGAAAUGUCGCAGGGACAUGCUGAAGCUUGAUGAUGAAAGGGGGAAGAGGAGGAGAGAGGUGGAGUGAACCCUUUAUGGCCUGGGACAGGUUUUAAUUAGACCCAAUUGCAAAAUCAGCUACGUCUAUGGUCAGGAGGUGAUGGCAGUGCUGACUGAGCUUCAUCACUACUAUUACCCAUUCCUACAGAUGGAUCCCCACCACUUGCACAUCUGAGCCUGUCCACAGCACUGCCUCUUCCCCCACCCCCCUUCUCCUUCUGCCUCCCCUUGCUCAUAUCCUACCUUUUCCUCCACCCUCCUCAUCCAGCUACCACUUUGCUCUCCCUUCCCAUUUCUCCUCCUAUCCCUCCAACCAAUUUCCCCACCUCGAAUUUCUCUGUAUUUCCGCAAUUAUUUUAUUAUGGCGUGCUUUGGGCGCUCUCUGGACUCCCCGUGCACACUAGCCUUGCUGGUGGGCUUCCAGUUUGCCUUUGUCCUCUAUUUCUCCCUCGGGGGUUUCAAAGGCCUGGUGUCUGUCCUGGUGCACACCACAGAGCCGGAGUUUGAUUACUCUCGACCUCAUGACGUCUACACCAACCUCAGUCAUCUGGGAGUACCGCCUCCCCCGCCUCGCAACUCUGGCACUGGAUCCCCUGCCACAGGACCACCACUGAGAGACUGCCAGAUCCCCUCUCCACUGCUGGUCGGACCUGUGUCUGUCCAUCUGUCCUCUCCUCUGUCUCUGGAGGACAUCAGACAGAGGAAUCCAUUGGUGAUGCCAGGCGGACGCUAUCGGCCUCCAGACUGUGAACCCCGCCACCACACAGCGAUAGUGGUACCAUACCGGAACCGGCAGACCCACCUCCGUGCCCUGCUCUACCACCUCCACCCCUUCCUGCAGAGACAGCAGAUCCACUACAGCAUCUAUAUAGUGCAGCAGUGGGGGAAUGGUACUUUUAACCGAGCCAAGCUGCUUAACGUUGGGGUGCGGGAGGCCCUCAGAGAUGAAGACUGGAGCUGCAUCUUCCUGCAUGAUGUUGACUUGCUGCCUGAGAACGACCACAACACCUACACCUGCCACAAGCAGUUCCCCACACACCUGUCUGUGGCCAUGGACAAGUUCAGAUACAGGCUGCCGUACCCGCAGUAUUUUGGUGGGGUGUCUGCAGUAACCCCAGAUCAGUACAUGAAGAUGAAUGGCUUUCCCAACCAGUACUGGGGCUGGGGUGGAGAGGAUGAUGACAUUGCUGCCAGAGUUCGUCUAUCUGGCAUGAAGAUUGUGCGCCCUCCAGUGGCCAUUGGUCAUUACAAGAUGAUCAAGCAUAAAGGAGACAGAGGCAAUGAGCAAAACCCACGCAGGUUUGACCUUCUGAAAAGGACCAGACUUAACUGGCGCUCUGAUGGCCUCAACUCUCUGACCUAUGAGCUCCUUUCCAAACAGCUGGAGCCUCUCUACACCAACCUCACGGUCAACAUUGGAGAAGACCCCCGUCUGCCUCCGGGAAAAGCACCCAUCCCUCUGAAAACAACAACCCCGGUCCACCAACGUAGCACCAGCAAGACGGAAGGCACAGGCAAACAGGAAAAGAGACAACAGAGCAAAGGGUCUGUGGGGGCACAUAUGACUGGGGCAAAGCAGGUCGGUGGAAAGACAGAACCUGCACAGUCAAAAACAUCAAAUCAAACAACACAGGAGAAGACCGGUGUGAUGAAAUAGGAUAAGCUAUAUAAGGUGUACAAUAAAAGGCCUGCAUCACAUCUGUAGCAUUAAGUGGCUUCCUCCUUCAUGUUGAUCUGAAAGACCAAAUGGAGGAAAGCAGUUUAAAUCUGUUGUGUUGUGGGACUUCAAGUACACCAGCGUUUUGUGCUCAGUGCCGGUUAGGGAUAGUUAUGCAAUGGAUCAAAUGAAGAAGCCACUUUUUGUCUGCAGGGGUGCAUUCAGGAACACGACUGAGUCACCUCUUGGUUUAUCAUCCACUGAAUGUGACUCUGGCUCUCGCGACUGACGCCAGCCCGUGGUCACACUCGCGUAAUUAGGAGAGGAAAUGUGAACGACUCGGUCAUAUCCACAUAGAGGUCCAAAACAAACUAAAUGAAAAUGAGACAGCAAAUAUAUAAAUCUCUGCUCUUUUUCCAGACUUCGCAAGUUGUACGCAACCCAUCUGCUGCCAGCAGACCUGCAGCUUCAUCAAGUCUGCUCCCCCCCCCCAAAAAAAAAAAAGAAAAAACUGCUGCUGUCAGUCCACCCCACUCCACAGUGGGUUUGUGUUUCUGUGCCUUCUAUCUUUUAUGCUCAUUUUAUAGACUGGUAUAGUUCUGGUAUAGUUGCUUUUAGACGCUGACCUGGGGUUAAUAUUUACCUCUACUUGCCUCGUGGCAAAAGUUAGACAGCGGGCAGGAUAAAGCUGAUUCUCGAUCAGAACAAACGAUUUGUUCCAGGACUGCCGUUUUAUAUUUGUGUGCACUGAUCAAGCGCUGACCAACUCCAUAGUUAUCAGACAAUUCUAGAGUUUAUAUUUAUAUAGAGACUUCUUUAUUUGUUUACUGGUUUGUUUUACUUGUCCUUCCUUACAGUCUGGUGCCUCUCUCUCUCUCUCUUACAUUUAGUUUCUAGACAAUCAAACAAUAGCUCUGUAUCCAGCCACAUAACAAAGUGAGGAAAUAUUAUCAUGACUAUCUUUACGCCUGUCAGAUAAACAUAGACUUGGCAUGAUAGUUGUUGUCCUAGCUUGACUAUACUCUCGAUACAUGGAUAGACCUGUGCUUCUGAUAUUAUCUGUGGUUUUUAAAAAAAAUCAUUUUUCUUUUACAUAAGUCAGGUAUGGGGAUAAAAGCAAACUUGGAAGACAAUAUUGAAGGCACGUGACUACACAUUUGCCAGUUUUUUGAUUGUGUUUUAAUUACAAAAGGUUUAUAGUUACGAUAAA